CCCGAAGCUAAAACAACAGAACACACGUUCACUUUGUUUUUGCUUUAUAAAAACCCAAAGCGUUUUUCUUCAUUUCUCAAAACACUCUUCACUUUUGGCUCCCUUUCUUCAAAUUUAUCGCUCGGGAUCCUCGCCGUCGCUCUCAUGGCUGCUGCUGCCGGAUCCGCCGUCAUCACGUUCAAAUCCACCGGAGGAGUUGUCGCGAAGCCUGGAGGUUCCGCCGAUCGACGAGUUGCAACCUUUCAGCAUUGCUCUCCGGUUUCUGGCGGAAUUGGAUCCGCUCAGCUCCGAGCUUCGAUUGGCCUUCAGUGCAGAUCGAGGAGUUCGUUUGCUUCUUCCGAUCUCAUUGAUGGCAUGGCACAUGCAGGUGUAAGAGCUCAGGUUGCCACUGUUGAACAAGCAAGUGCUGAAGCAGCACAAACCGUGGAAGCCCCUGUUGUUGUUGUGACUGGAGCUUCUAGAGGAAUCGGAAAAGCAAUUGCAUUGGCCUUGGGGAAAGCUGGUUGUAAGGUCUUGGUUAACUAUGCUAGGUCAUCAAGGGAAGCUGAAGAAGUUUCCAAGGAGAUCGAGGCAUGUGGUGGUCAAGCUAUUACUUUUGGAGGAGACGUUUCAAAAGAGGCUGAUGUGGAAGCAAUGAUUAAAGCUGCAGUUGAUGCAUGGGGAACAGUUGAUAUAUUGAUAAACAAUGCAGGAAUUACUCGGGAUGGGUUGUUGAUGAGAAUGAAGACACCACAAUGGCAGGAGGUCAUUAAUUUGAAUCUCACAGGUGUAUUCCUCUGCACACAGGCAGCAGCUAAAAUUAUGAUGAAGAAGAGAAAGGGAAGGAUAAUUAAUAUAGCAUCAGUUGUUGGUCUGGUUGGCAAUGUUGGGCAAGCUAAUUACAGCGCUGCAAAGGCAGGAGUAAUUGGCCUUACAAAGACUGUUGCAAAGGAGUAUGCUGGCAGAAACAUUAAUGUUAAUGCUGUUGCCCCUGGGUUCAUUGCAUCAGAUAUGACUGCUAAGCUUGGGGAAGAAAUUGAGAAGAAAAUCUUGGAAACCAUCCCCUUAGGAAGGUAUGGCCAACCAGAAGAAGUUGCUGGACUGGUGGAGUUUUUGGCCCUCGAUCCUGCAGCCAGUUACAUUACUGGACAGGUGUUCACUAUCGAUGGAGGAAUGGUGAUGUAGGUCAGCAAUCUAUCUCACUUGGUUGAAGUCCAAAUGAAGCAUCUGAGAUUCAGAGGACUAGUGGCAGUGGUACUGUAUUUCAUGGCUUAAUUAAGUAUAGCCGUGUUUUAGGCAGUUUUCCCCCAUUUUUUCUUUCGUUUUUUUGCUCAUUGUAAACAAUAAAAGGACUAGUGAGGUAAGUUUCAUAGAAUUUCAGGCAUGUUUAACGAAACCAAACAGUGUAGAAUGCAGCCUAUUUUUCAGGCUGCUUCUGGCAUUGUGGAAAAUUUAAUGGCACGGAAAAUCUCUCAAGUGGGAAAUUGACUAACUUGAAAUUUUGGCUUUU